CAGCAAGCUGCCUACGAUUCUGCUAUUGGAGCAACGCACCUGCUACGGAUCUCUGUCUGCAAGCACCUCGCAACCAAAGUGCGUCUCCCCUGUUUUAUGGAACUGACAUUUGUCCACUAAUUUAAGAUUGAAGACAAGUUUCACGGGAAGCAUUCUGCUUUCUGCCAAUUGGAUGGGAAUAAAAAAAUCUUUGACCUUGGAAACUGAAGAUGAUGUUGCCAUGGGAACUGUUAAUCCUCCUGUCACUCAAGGACUGCCUCGCAGACAAAAUAGUUCUGCAUGGGCCUGUUUUCACUCAGGAACCAAGUGACAACAUCUUUCCUUUGAACUCUGACGACAACAAAGUUUUCAUCAACUGCAAAGCAAAGGGGAACCCAGCACCAAAUUACAGGUGGAAAUUUAACGGAAGAGGCAUUGACACAAGCAUGGAUUUGAACUACAACCUCAUGGAAGGCAACUUGAUGAUCAAUAGCCCCGAGGCUGCACAACAUGGGGGGGUUUACCAGUGCAUAGCCGCCAAUUCCAUCGGGACCGUCGUCAGCAGAGAGGCCAAAGUGCAGUUUGCAUAUCUGGAGAAUUUCAGUAGCAAGGCGAGGAGCGUUGUGUCUGUCCGAGAGGGCCAGGCUGUGGUUCUCCUGUGUGGACCCCCUCCUCACUCCGGAGAGAUAAAAUACUCCUGGGUUUUCAACGGACGCGCAGACUUCCUCCAGCAAGACACCCGUCGCUUCGUUUCGCAGAAGACGGGAAACCUGUACAUCGCCAAGGUGGAGCCCUCGGACGUGGGCAACUACACCUGCGUGGUGAGGAGCGCGAUGACCAACGCCACGGCCUACAGCUCGCCGACGCCCGUGGUGCUGCGUCGUGACGCUGUCAUGGGGGAGUAUGAGCCGAAGAUAGAGGUCCAGUUUGCUGAGACCAAUCACGUCGCCAAAGGAUCGUCAGUAAAAUUGGAGUGCUUCGCCUUAGGAAACCCCGUACCAGUCAUCACGUGGAGAAGAGCAGAUGGAAAUCCUUUUCCUGGCAAGAUUAAAAUCAACAACUCCAACGGCGUCCUAGAAAUCCCAUAUUUCCGACCAGAGGAUGCGGGUUUAUACGAAUGCAUUGCACAGAACUCCCGAGGACGAAAUGUUGCCAAGGGUCAACUGAUUUUCUACGAUGUGGAAAAUCUGCAUUGGGCUCAGACUCUGAGAGAUACCUAUAUGUCUAUUGAAGCGGACCUUCUGUGGGAGUGCCGGGCAAGCGGGAAGCCUAAGCCAUCAUACAGGUGGCUGAGGAACGGGAAACCUCUGGACCUUGAUGACAGGAUACAGGUAGAAGGUGGCAGAUUAACCAUUGCUAAACUAACCCUGAUGGACUCUGGCAUGUAUCAGUGUUUGGCUGAGAAUGACCACGGAGUGAUUUACGCCAGUGCUGAACUCAAGGUUGUUGCCUCUCCGCCAGAUUUCUCCAAGAGGCCGGUGAAGAAGUCCACGCUGGUCCAGAGAGGUGGAGAGGUAGUGAUGGAGUGCCGUCCGCACGCCUCUCCCAGAGCCUCCUAUUCCUGGAGGAAGGGUGGAGACUUCCUGAGAAACAGCACGAGGCAGACUCUCCUGGAGGACGGGAGUCUCCGGAUCACCAACGUGAGCAAAUCGGACGGAGGCCGGUACACUUGCGUGGCCAGGAAUCCUUUUGGAACAUCUAGCAGCACAGGGAGCGUGGUGGUAAAAGAACCCACGAAGAUCAUAGUUCCUCCCCUGAACAUGGACGCCACCGUGGGGGAGAGCAUCGUUCUACCAUGUGAAGUGUCCAAAGACCCCUCCCUGGACCCCACGUUCAAGUGGUUCUUCAACGGGAAAUUAAUUGAUUUCCACAGACAGGAUCACUUUGAAAUGAUCGGAGGAGGUGCUGCUGGUGAUCUGAUGGUCAGGAACAUCCAGCUGAAGCAUGCUGGGAAGUACGUCUGCAUGGUCCACACCAUGGUGGACAGUGUCUCUGCCGGAGCAGACCUGAUCGUAAGAGGGCCUCCGGGAGCUCCUGAAGGCCUGGUGGUGGAGGAAAUUACACACGCCACCGCGCGUGUUUCCUGGGGCGCUGGGAGUGACAAUCGCAGCCCGGUCACCGCGUACACCCUGCAGGCCAGGACCCCGUUCUCCAUCGGCUGGCAGGCGGUCAGAACAGUUCCCGAUUCUGUACCUGGACAGAUGUUGCAUGCAACUGUGGUGGACUUGAACCCCUGGGUGGAUUAUGAAUUCAGAGUGGUUGCUAUAAACGGCGUGGGUUUAGGCGAGCCCAGCCAGCCCUCUAAGCAGCUACGAACAAAAGCAGCAGUGCCUGAAGUUGCCCCAGUCAAUGUAAGUGGAGGUGGAGGAAGCCGGUGUGAACUCGUCAUUAUAUGGGAGCCUGUCCCAGAGGAAUUGCAGAAUGGGGAGGGGUUUGGAUAUGUUGUAGCUUUUCGUCCCAUUGGCACAAAAACAUGGAUUCAGACUGUGGUGGCUUCAGCUGAUGUGUCAACAUACGUCUUUAAGAACGAAAGCAUCCCACCUCUUUCCCCCUUUGAGGUGAAAGUGGGUGUUUUCAACAAUAUGGGAGAAGGCCCUUUCAGUCACGUGACCACGGUCUACUCAGCCGAAGAAGAGCCGUCCGUAGCCCCUUCCUUGAUAUGGGCACGGACCCUGUCUGCCUCUGAAAUUGGUGUGUACUGGGAGCCUGUCUCCUUGAAGUCCAGCAGUGGUAGAGUGCUUGGUUACGAGGUGCUGUACUGGGAGGAGGGGGAGCCGGAGAGCGAGGCGGAGAGGCUGCGGGUGGCGGAGACGGCGGCCAACAUCACGGGUCUGAAGGGCAGCACGUCGUACUUCGUGGCGGUGAAGGCGCACAACAGCGCCGGCACCGGCCCGCCCAGCGCGCCCGUCAACGUCACCACCAAGAAGCCGCCACCAAGUCAACCUCCAGGGAACAUUGAGUGGAACCUGACAAACUCCAAGAUCUUUUUGAAUUGGGAGCAUGUGAAGGCAAUGGAUAAUGAGUCGGAAGUGAUUGGAUACAAGGUGGUGUACCGUGAGAACUGGCACAGGAGGACCAGCGUGGUAGAGACCAACAGGACCUCAGUGGAGCUGGAGCUUCCCCCGGGGGAGGACUACCUCAUCGAGAUCAAGACCCUGAGCGACGGAGGGGACGGCAGCAGCAGCGGGCCCAUCCGGAUCCCCAAAAUGUCCAGUCUUAAUUCAAAUGGGUGUUGCAGUUGCGAUGUCUGCAAAUUACCUGCAGUUUGUGCUUUUAUGUUUUUUAUAACAACAAGAUGGGUUUUGUAGAAUAUAAACUUCAAUUGAUUGGUGAUUAUGCUGAAGAAAAGGUACACAUUCCUAAACAGUCAUAAACAUUAAGAGAAGUACCUUUACUUAACUGUGUAUCUGCUACAUAAUUUUCUGAAUAACAAAUGAACUGCAUCACUUUUUGUUUUUUUGCCAUUCUGUAUCUCUGCCAAUCCAUUGACUUUUUAUAAUUACCAGUUAUACAAAGACAGGUUAUAUUUAUUCAGAAUCUAAAGACAUAAUCUAACAUUUUAUAGAUUAUGAAGUAGAAGGUAGGCUGAAUUCAGAUAUUCGGAAUCAACGGAUAUAGAUAUGUCCAUGAAGAAAAAAGAAAAGAAAAUGAACCAGUAAUUUAUAUAGUUUUAGCUAUGCAUAUGAGGAGAACUGAGGUCAAUAUGUAUAAAUGUCGCACAAAUUGCUACAGAGCAUAAAAUGCAGCUUAUACUUGACAGUUUAAAUUAUGUAUGGAGGUGGUUCAUUUUACUCAUUACAUCUCCUAUCUUUAAUGAUGUCUGCUGAUUGACUUGAAAAUGUGAACAUCUGUCAAUAGUAUAAUCCAGAUGAGCCAGUGUAAUUACCUGAAAAAUAGAUAGUUUAGUCUAAUUGACAUUUCUGGAACAUAAUUUGUAUUAUUGAUCCCCACGGUGGAAUUUCUUUAUCAUUUCAUCGUUCAGUCAGGUCUGAUGUACAUUAAUUUAAUUGUGUGAAAUCUCCAGUAUGUUGUUCGAUUAACUGUUGUUUUCAAAAAUAAAUUAGUAGGAAAACACUGGCCAACUGAGUCUAAUUGAGAAAACAUUAAUUGCUGUGAAUAGUUUUGAUUGACUCAGUCUUACUUUUUGGUAUCAUAUAUACCUCAUAAGUUUUGUCCCGAACAAGUUCAAGCCAAGUGAACAAUUUCUUGAACAAAGUAAAUUCCCAAUGUUAAGUUUAAAAGGUUCUACAGAAUACGGUAUGUUUGCAUAACAACAACAUCAAUACAGUAGUGGCUGGUUUCCAAUACAUGGAUUAAUCCUAAUCCUAAAAUAAUCCAUGUCUAGGAAACAAACCCUAGAUGUCUGGUAUUAUACUAUUCAUGGAUGUGAACCUGUAGUACCAGCAGUGAUAUGCCCAGAACAUCAUUCAUGCAGUGAUUAUCCUCAGAUCAGAAUCAACCUUUCUUUUGGUGAUACAUUAUUUGAAAUUAUCUGAUUUUGUACUUCCAUCCAUAAUGUUUUGUAAAACUAAGAUUCAAAUGACUUAUUUUGAUGCUUAUUCUAAAAAAGAAGAAACCAAUAAACAACAAAAAAUGUAUGAAUAAUGAUAAACGUGUUUUAUUUUGCUUUAAUGAUUUAAUACUGUUGUAUUAACAUUUAGAGAGGUCUCUGUGAGAUACUGAAUAUAAAAUAAAAUUUCAUGUUGAAAGUA